AUGGAUUUCGGUUGCCACGACAAGGAUUCGGGGGAAGUGGAGUGCUACCUCGAAAUACCAAAUCCGGAUUCAGUGGGAUGUAUAGAGAGGUUUGCAACGUUUCUCUCGUUCCUGCUGGUGAUCAUCACCUUCCCAUUCUCACUAUUUGAAUGCUUCAAGGUUGUUCAAGAAUUCGAAAGAGCUGUCAUAUUCCGACUAGGUCGACUCAGAAAGGGUGGCGCAAGAGGACCUGGUCUUUUCUUCGUGCUGCCAUGCAUUGAUACGUAUAGGAAAGUGGACCUGAGAACGGUUUCUUUCAACGUACCCCCACAAGAGGUAUUGACGCGAGAUUCUGUGACAGUGGCAGUGGAUGCAGUUGUCUACUAUCGAAUCAAAGAGCCAUUAAAUGCCGUUGUCAGAGUUGCUGAUUAUAGUGCUUCAACUCGACUUUUGGCAGCAACAACGCUCCGGAAUGUUCUAGGCAUGCGUGAUCUAGCACAAUUACUGUCUGACAGAGAGGCUAUUAGUCGACUAAUGCAGUCAAGUCUAGACGAAGCCACAGAGCCCUGGGGUGUAGAAGUGGAAAGAGUAGAAAUAAAAGACGUUAGACUACCAGUGCAGCUACAAAGGGCAAUGGCUGCAGAAGCGGAAGCGGAUCGCGAAGCACGAGCCAAGAUUAUAGCCGCUGAAGGAGAAAUCAAAGCGUCGAGAGCUUUAAGAGAAGCAUCCCUUGUAAUGGUUGAUAAUCCUAUGGCUCUUCAGCUCCGAUAUCUUCAAUCACUCAACACAAUCUCAGCGGAAAAAAACUCAACGAUAAUCUUUCCGUUUCCUUUGGAUUUCUUAAGAACUUUUAUAGGGGGACCAGGACCAAGUUCACAGCAACCAAUUCAACAUGUCACAGCAACAAAUCAACAUGUAUAA